GAAGCUGCCAUAUUUGUGAUCGAGCGAAAAAUCUUGAAUGAUACAAAUGUUCAAGAAAACGCGCAGAAAAUUUCGACAGCGAGUCGCGAGGAGCGACUCGGACGAGGAAAACCACACGAAGAAUGAAGAGGCGAACGAGACGAAGGAAGAACAGCCGGAGAUUCCCGGAGUUGAGGUGACGGCGCCCUCCGAAACGCCAGCGAAGGAGAAAAAACGUCGAGACAGGUUGAAAAAACACGAGCAACAGGCAGCGUCACCGCGGCCCUUAGUCUCGUUCGAACCGCACGACGAAGAAGAGGGCGAAGUUUUCAAGGUCAGGAAGUCGAGCACGAGUCGACGAAUCGCGAAGCAGCUACGGCGGGAGAAGUGCGACAUUGAACCGCAAGACGAUGCGGGCGGACAGGACGACGCGGCGGCGGAGUCGCCACCACCAGGGGAAUACUCUGAUGUUAAGAUCAAAGUGGGUUAUUUAGGCACGUUUUGA